AUGCUAGACACUUUACCUACUAGACACAGAAAACCUCAACAACAACAACUGCAACUGCAUCAUCAUAGAAUCCAUUCUUCACCAGCUCAAGUUUUUGAAAACCCACCAAGUAAUCAAUCAUCAAAAUGGCAAAUACUGAAACAUAAUGAAAAGCAAAUAUAUGAACAUACAAAUAAAAGUGAUGAUUCAUUAGAACUAAUGCCCACUAUAGCUAUGGGUUAUGAGAAUUCAAUAAAUAAGAAACUACAACGUCAUCAUGGUGAAUUGAGAAUUACAGGUGAUGGUUAUUUCUUUGAUCAUGGAUACGAUGAUAAUGAUAGAGAUUAUAGAUACGGUCCUAGGCAGGAUGAUUGGAGAUAUAACCAGCAAUAUCAACAGCAACAACAAAGUUCCAGUGGGGCUUAUGGAAGAGAAGGCCAAUUUAUUCCUAGUGAUGGUUACUAUAUGAGAAAGAGCUAUGAACAGUCGAGGCCAGAGUAUAAUAGGAAUAGGGUGCAUCCAGUUUAUGAUCAAGAUGAUAAAAGAUAUGGUGAUGAUGGUCCAAAUAGAGGCGAGUACAGAGCUGGUCGUUUUGAUUCAAGGGAUGACUUUCCAAGAUCUGUUGAAUCCUCACUAAGGCCACCAGUUGAUGCUUCUGCGGUGCAUAGAUCCAAAAGGUCAUAUGGUGAGUUACGCCCUGUGAAUUCAAGAGAAAAGAGUUUUGAAAGAGUGAUGAGUUCAGAGCGUAUAAGGAGCCCUAGUCAUGAGCUUGAUCAUAGAAAAGCUAGUCAAAAUAGUGAAUAUUAUGAACCUGUUGCUAUCCCUUCUGAAGCGGCUCUAGUCCUUGAUGAAAAACAUCUCAAUUCACAAGAGCUCCAGCCUAUGAUGAUAAAGUCACCAAAGAAGAAAGGAUUUUUCAAGAAAAUCUUUACAAAUAAUGAUAGUAAAUUAAGAAAGAAAUCCAAGAGCAAGAAACUUGAACCAUCAUUAACACCAUCAACAAAUCUAAUACAAGAGCCUGGAAACACCCCAGGCGAAGGAUCUAUCCAAGAAGAUGAUAUCUCAGAUAAUGCACCAAUAGAUAAUGGAAGUUCAAUCGUUAAUUUUAUGGAGAAUUUCCCAAUAAUAUCAAACAUUUUCAACAAAAUUGAUGAAAGCCCAAUACCACACCAAUCAAAAUUGAUAUUAAAAGCAUUAUUAUUAUUUUGGAUCCUAUAUGAAAUCAAUACAUUGUUUGAGAUUAUUGGUGAUUGGUUUAGAAUGUUUGGUUCUGUGUUUACAAGCGGGGAUGAUGAAAGUUCAUUGGGCUAG